AUGAAGUUUCUCACAUCGAUUCUCGGCUCGGAAAGUGAGUUUUACCACGAAAAAUGUAUAAGAACUAGAAUUCUUCCAGGAGAUCGUGCAGCUAAAAAGCGAAGAAGUCUGGAGGUGAGCCUACAUCGUCUCGAGGAGAAGGCAUUCCUGCUCGAAAUGGAGCUUGAAGAGACGAAACGCGAGCGUGUACUAUAAUGCGGUCAAAUUCACGCGCAAAUUUUGCAUUUUCAGGAAAAAGUGCUCAAGGAGCUGCGUUCCACGAUUCCAGUUCGUCACAUUUCGACCGUCAGCGCUACUUCCUGCGAUUUCUCAUUCAAUACGGAUAGUACCAAUGUCAGUUUCCCUAAAAAUAUGAAAUUUCUCUAAAAAUCCUAAUUCCAGGUCACCGAACGCUACUGCGGCCUGCCGAUCGACUCGAGCACUCCGAAAGAGGAGAAGAUCCGGACGAUCUCUGGAAAACCAUCAAAAGUACCCAAAAACAGUCGGAAUGCCAUCAAAAAUCUUGAAAAAUUGCAGCAAAACCUGAAGUCGAAGGCAAACAUGUACGCGGAAGAGGAGAAGGAACGCUCGAAAUGGCUCGGCGAGCAGCACAAAAAGAAGCAGCAAAACGGCGAGGCGUGCGUCGAAAAAUACUAA